UUUCAUUCAUCGUUUCCAAGUAAAGGCAAAAAACUUAGCCAACCGGCCAUCCCUCGCCUCUCUACUCCCCUUUCCCACGCGAAAAAACCCGUGCACUCCCUCCAAAUAGCUAACUAUGGAUAUUGAAGAGGAUAUCAAGGCGCUUCAGCUUGAUUCAUCUGUAGAAGAUACUCAUAUGGCUAAUGCUGAUGAUGGGAAACCUGAUGAAGUUGUAAAACCUGACGAAACUGACGAAGUAGAUGUUAAGAAUGAGUCACAAGCAAACUCAGAACCAGUGCAUAUUGAGCAUAAAGGCUUUACAGAAGAAAAAGAAAAGAAAAACCCAGCUAUAGAUGAUGCUAAUGAUAAGGAGGAAAUCAACAAAAAACGACAUCUGAAUGUUGUAUUCAUAGGACAUGUUGAUGCUGGGAAGUCAACUAUUGGAGGGCAGAUACUGUUCCUUAGUGGACAAGUAGAUGAGCGUACAAUCCAGAAGUAUGAGAAAGAAGCUAAGGAUAAAAGUAGAGAGAGCUGGUAUAUGGCAUAUAUUAUGGACACAAAUGAAGAAGAGAGAGUUAAGGGUAUUACUGUUGAAGUUGGAAGGGCACAUUUUGAAACCGAAACUACAAGAUUCACAAUUUUGGAUGCCCCGGGACACAAGAGCUAUGUUCCCAAUAUGAUUAGUGGAGCAUCUCAAGCUGAUAUUGGUGUACUGGUGAUAUCUGCAAGGAAGGGUGAGUUUGAAACUGGAUAUGAAAGAGGUGGACAAACACGUGAGCAUGUUCAACUUGCAAAGACUCUUGGAGUUACAAAGCUCCUCAUUGUUGUCAAUAAAAUGGAUGAACCCACUGUCAACUGGUCAAAAGAAAGGUAUGAUGAAAUUGAGGGAAAAAUGAUACCUUUUUUGAAGUCAUCCGGAUAUAAUGUGAAGAAAGAUGUUCAGUUUCUUCCCAUAUCUGGGCUCUUGGGUUCAAAUUUGAAAACAAGAUUGGAUAAAAGUGUUUGUCCAUGGUGGAAUGGUCCCUGUCUAUUUGAAGCUCUUGAUGCGGUUGAAGUCCCACCUCGUGAUCCUAAAGGUCCUUUUAGAAUGCCUAUUAUUGAUAAAUUUAAGGAUAUGGGAACAGUUGUUAUGGGAAAAGUAGAAUCUGGUAGCAUACGUGAGGGAGACAAUUUGUUGGUGAUGCCUAAUAAGGCUCCUGUUAAAGUUCUUGCCAUAUUCAUUGAUGAAGACAGAGUUCGACAAGCAGGGCCUGGGGAAAACUUACGAGUCAGAGUAUCUGGGGUUGAGGAAGAGGAUAUCUUAUCGGGUUUUGUUUUAUGCAGUGUUGUAAAGCCAGUACCUGCUGUUACUGAAUUCGUUGCUCAGUUGUCAAUCCUUGAGUUGCUGGAUAAUGCAAUUUUUACUGCUGGUUACAAGGCUGUUUUGCACAUUCACUCAGUUGUUGAGGAAUGUGAAAUUGUAGAGUUAGUGCAGCAAAUUGAUCCAAAAACAAAGAAACCUAUGAAAAAGAAACCACUUUUUGUAAAGAAUGGUGCUUUUGUUGUGUGUCGUCUUCAGGUGAAUAAUCUGAUAUGUGUUGAGAAAUUCUCUGAUUUUUCCCAGCUUGGAAGAUUCACUCUUCGCACAGAGGGGAAAACUGUUGCUGUGGGCAAAGUUCCUACCAUAGGUGACACUGCAUAAAAUUUUCGUAAUCUCUCAGAAAAGACUCGUUUCAUUCUGCUAAGGUAAUAACAGUAGUUCUAUGAAAUGUGUUACAGCUCGACAAUUAUCACACAUGCCAGUUUACCCAAGCAGAGCAUAAUCUGCUUGCCUAUCUUUUGAUAUGAAGAUACGAGACUGCAAUGUUUUUCGUGUAUACUGUUAGCAUAUAUGAUCACACGCUGCAGUUUACUGAAGCAGCUGCAUAAUUUCAAGUAGAUUGUGGGUUUAAGGCUUUUUUGAGUCAUGUUGAGAAUGUUGUGUUGUUUAACUUAUAUAUACAAGUGCAUGAGCACGCAUGUUUUAUGAACAA